AGGGGGAGGGAAAAAAAGUCGGGGUAUUAAAGAUGUGCGGAGCGGCUGGAUGCAGUGACUCACUGAACACCGACGGUGAGAGUUUUGAACGCGGCCAUCUAUUAUUGAUUGACGCAAGACUUCGAUACGAGAAAAAGAGUCGUCUGGAUAAAAUUCUACCCAAAGGGUCUUGUUUUCUUUGACGGAAACUUUGGAUUUUCGCAGUUUUCACGACAGUUUAGUCAAGUUUUCUCCCUGUGAAUAACGGCAGCCACAAUGCCACCUGUGUUAUCCAUGUCAGACUCCACCUAUGAAUAUGACUUCGACACAAUUCAGCCUUACUUCAUGGAUGAGGAAAGCUUCUACCCUCCUUCACUCUCCCAGCUCCUCCCAGGACCAGGUGAAGACAUCUGGAAGAAGUUCGAGCUCCUACCAACACCUCCUUUGUCCCCCAGCCGGACACCGUCACCGUCCAACACCUCCCUGUCUGCUGCUGAUCAUCUGGAGGAAGUUUCUAACCUGCUAGACAAAGAUUUCACAGCAUCAGAAACUUUCCUCCAGUCCUUCAUCAUCCAGGACUGCAUGUGGAGCAGCAGCUUCCCAGCAGCUGAGAAGCUAGAGAAGGUGCUGUCAGAGAAGCUGGUUUCAUUAAAGGCCUCCUCCACCUGCAGCACCUCUGCUGUUUCCAGCCUCACAGGUGGAGCAGCUGUUCUGAGUCAGACUGAGGUGAAUCCAGAGUACCUGCGAGACCUUCACGCUGCAGCUGCACACUGCAUCGACCCCUCAGUGGUGUUCCCAUGCUCCACAGUGAGCGAGAAGCAGAGUGUAGUUGAAGAACAGAUGGAGAUGGGACCAGAGCUGUGUCUGGACUCACCCCCACUCAGCAGCAGUGACAUUGAAUCAGAAGACGAAGAAGAGGAAAACGGUGAAGAGGAGAUCGAUGUGGUGACAGUGGAGAGGCAGAAGACACCUCGGAGGUGUGUCCUCACCCCUCUGGUCCUCAAGCGCUCUCACAUCAACAUCCACCAACACAACUAUGCUGCCAAACAACCUGCUGUGAAGCGGCUGAAGGCGGAGAGCGCUGCACCGAGGCAGAGCCGGCGGUGCUGGAGUCCGCAUUCUGAUGGAGAGGACAGUGACAAGCGCAUGACUCACAACGUGCUAGAGAGGCAGCGGCGAAACGAGCUCAGGAUGAGCUUCCUGACUUUGAGGGAUGAAGUCCCAGCAGUGGCCAACAAUGACAAGGCAGCAAAGGUGGUGAUCCUGAGGAAGGCAACAGAGUUCAUUAAGGAGAUCAGAGGAAACGAGAGGAAGCUACUAACAACAAAGGAGGAGCUGAGGAAGAGGAGCCGAGAGCUGAAGCGACGACUCGAGCAGCUCAGGACUUUACAUUAACCAAUUGAUGUAGCUGCUUUCAUGUUUGUUCAUUUUAUAGUUUGUUUUUGUGUCAGAAACGGAACUGCCUCCUGUCCUCUGGUCUGUGAUCAGCCUGUUAUUUAUUAGCGUUCAUAUCUUUUAAAUAUUUUAAGUUAAACAGCUAUCUUUUUGUUGCUUUCAUAAACAACUGAUAGGAGUAAGUAUAUUUAAAAGCAGAGUUUGUUCAAGUGUUAGCUGUGUGUUUUUUUCAGUCCAGUUAGGUUGUUUCACAUUUGAAAUAGUUUAUUUUUAUAAUGACCUUACUGAACUGAUUAUUUUCAGAAAAAGCUGCUCAGGAGAAAACUCAUCCGAUGCUCAAACUUCAAAAUAAAAGCCCUUCCUUUGGAGGUUCUGUUAAAGUUGCAA